AUGAUUGAAGCCGACAACGUCCGCGAUGUGUUAAACACAGACAUCGGAACACCUAUACCCGACGCGAUUGUCUCCAAGAUCAUCUCUCUCCCCCCAUUCGUCAAUGUCCCCGGGGUGUCCAACAUUCGAGAUUUGAGCAACGAUAACAAGCUACGACGAGGCUUUGUCUAUCGUUCCGGGAACGUGGCCGACAUCCUAGAUGCAGGAAAGGAUGUUCUUGUCAAUGAGCUGAAGAUCACCACCAUUUUCGAUCUUCGAAAUCAGGGUGAGCGAGAACGAGUUCCGAGUCCAGAAAUCGAAGGGAUUGAGACGAUAUGGAUGCCAUACGGCGCCAGACCAGCCUCCCUGAAUCUCAAAGAAUUUGCUGAGGAUCAGGGUAAUACUGGCUUUGUGAAGAUGUAUAUGGGUAUCCUCAAUGCAGCGACACCGGCAUUCAAGGAAAUCUUCAAGCAUAUCAGGGAUCAGCCCAAUGAUCCGUUCGUUUUUCACUGUUCCGCUGGCAAAGACCGCACUGGGGUUCUAUCAGCAUUAAUAUUGCUCCUCAUCGGCCGACCACAUGAGGAAAUCGUAUACGACUAUAUGCUCACCCGAGCUGCAUUGGAGAACGUGCGCGAAAAUUUGACAGAAGCACUUGCUCUUCACUUCGGUACCGAGCAUCUGAGUCCCGAGGCGAUCGGCAUGUUAGAGCUUAGCGGAGUCCGAGGGCACGCUAUGUCGGCAUUUUUGAAGACAUUCGAGAGUACAUAUGACGGCAUCGAAGGCUAUUUGACCAAAGUGCUCGGCUUUUCGCCCGAAGACCUGGGGCAGAUGCGGCAUACCCUGGCAACAUGA